CCCCGCGGCCCUGCGCGCCGUGGCCGUGACGCUGCCGUGGCCGUGACGCUGCCGUGGCCGGAGCUGUCGCCGCGCACCCGGCAGCGGAUGCAGGAGUCCAGGCCGACGGGGAGCGCCGAGCUGCCGCCGCGGCCGGGCGAGGGGCGAGCGGGAGCGGGGCGGCAGCUGCGGGUGCUGCUCACGCCGCUGGCCGGCCCGGGCCGGCGCCCCCCCCGGAAGCGGCUGCGGGGCGGCGGGGCGGGGGGCCGGGGGGCCGGCCAGGGGCUCUGCCCGGAGCCCGGCCAGGGCCGGGACGGCGCUUGGGAUGCGGACAGCGACGGCAGCGACGGGGGAGACGCGGCUGCGGAUGGAUACUCACAGUUAUCAGCUUAUGAAAGGAAAAGGCUAAAGAACAUUACAGAAAAUGCUAAAUUCUUUGCCGCUUUAAAGAUGCAUGAGUCAGCUGCAAGACUUCACCAAAUUACAACUAAAAAACAGUCUUCUGUUGCCAAAAGAGCUAAGCCUAAAAAGGCAGAAAAUGAAUCAGUGCGGCGAAGAUCUAUGCGCUUACAAAGAGUAGAGCCGUUGGGAGUUCCAGUGCCGGAGAUGCCCGCCCAGCCAGAAGCAGAGGAAUAUCCGCAGGUCCCAGCCGGACCUUUGCCAAUGGUUCCAGAAGAUGAGAUGGCCAACGGCAACUUGGCAGAGGACUUACUGACCACAUGGAUGAGGAUAAGUGAGAUGAAAGCUGGUGAUACUGAAAAGUGCACGUGUGACAUGAAGAGAUACCGAGACAGCCUGAGCAGCAUGGUCCUCAGUGAAGACAACGUUAAGAAGGUCGUGAAAUACCGAGUGUGCUCUAUGGCUAUCCACCCUUCUGAAAGCCUCCUCUUUGUGGCAGCUGGAGACAAGUCGGGGCAGAUCGGCCUCUGGAACGUGGACUGUAAGUCUGACGAGGGAGCACGUGUCUUUGUUCCACACAACUACCCGGUCAGCUGCAUGCAUUUCUCUCCGUUUAACCCUGCUCACUUGCUGUCCCUCAGCAAUGACUCUCUGCGCUGCGGUGAUGUUACUAGGGCUGUCUUUGAUGAGAUAUGCAGAAAUGAAGAAAGCAUGUCUUCCUUUGACUUUUUGGAAGACAACGCCUCCACUGCAAUAGUAGGACACUGGGGUGGCGACGUCGCUGUUGUGGACAGACGGACCCCAGGAACAUCUUCAGAGCUUUCUGCAGACAUUGGCUUCAAAAGGACGAGGACAGUCCAUGUUCACCCAGUGAAUAAACAGUAUUUCAUGGCUGCUGGCUUAGUGGAUGUUUGUAUUUACGACGUUCGGUACCUGAAGUCUAAAGGGAACAAGCCUGUGAGCGCUCUGAAAGGACACACAAAAAGUGUUGCUUCUGCAUAUUUCUCACCUGUAACUGGGAGCAGAGUAGUGACGGUGUGUGCUGACGACAAGCUCAGGGUCUACGACACCAGCUCUUUGCCGUCGGCGGUGGGAGCUCUCAGCACUGUCAGACACAACAACAACACGGGGCGCUGGUUAACUCGGUUCAGAGCAGUAUGGGACCCUAAGCAGGAGGACUGCUUCGUGGUGGGCAGCAUGGCCCGGCCCAGGCAGAUAGAAGUGUUCCGGGAUACGGGGAAGCUCUUGCACUCUUUCCAGAACCUUGACUGCCUUGGCUCCGUGUGUUCCAUUAAUGUGGUUCAUCCCAGUAAGAACAUCCUAGUGGGUGGCAACUCCAGCGGCCGCCUUCAUGUGUUCAGAGAAUAGAACAGACGGCUCAGUUUUUUAUUUUUGUUUUGUCCUUUUUGCAUGAAAAGUGUUUAACCUCUGUUAAGCUGUUCCUAAGCUAACUGUGUUUUCUCAGGACAGAAUUGUAUUUUUAAAAAGCUUUAAAAUAAAUCUUCUAAGCUAC